AUGUCCCCUUUCAACUCGCUAGGAAUCGAAUAUGCAGUCUCCCACAAUCCCUCAGAAAAAGAACAAGUAAUCUUCGAUUACUUGAUCACAUACCUCCCUGCAGACUCCUCAAUCACACCCGAAGAAGCAGUCCACCACAUCAACACCCUCUUUCCCGAAGAUCAUGAUGCCACGGGAGUCAGCCUCCUCUAUCAGUUCUGGCAGUUGGUGUACUGUAUUGGGUCUCAAUUGGAUUACCAGCAGGAGCCCAUGCAACGUUUUGUUGCCCUCCUGGAGGCCCUCGAGAUACUACCGGACAUCCUCCAAGGGGGUGCGUAUCCAGGCCGGAAUAGUCAUGCAAACAGAAUUUAUACCUGUUUGGCCUUUGGCGAACAGUGGAAUAGCCUCCGAGACAACAAGGAACCCAGCGCCAAGUCCGCACGUCACUGGCAGAAUAUGAACGGGUUGCAGGCAUAUAUGGGCACACGCGGGCUUGGUGACAGCAGCUUAUACGCUCUGGAAACCAUCAGCAUGGCUCUGGAGGACGAGGAAAUGAAAGAACCACAGGUUCGAGCCGCAGCCACUUGGUUCACGUUGCGCGCGCUCUCGAUUUACUGGUUUUGUCAGAAACGGAAAGGUCAACAUUGUGAUAAGCGAGGGGCUCUAUGGACGGGCAAGCCAGAAGAAGGCUAUUCGAUUGCACGAUGGAUGUUUUGGCGGCGGCGGCUUGCAGAGCUGCGUGAUCGUCCGGAUGUGGAGGAAGAGACGACACACAUCUGCAGGGAUGCAACGCAGGCGAUGGAUAAGGUGUCUAAGCAGGUGAACAGCAUCCGUAUAGUAGAAAAAUUUAUGGCAUUGUUACAAAGGAUGUUUGAUCGAAAGGAAUGA